CUUCCCCCCGCCCUCUCGCAGUGCCCAGUCCGGGCUGUGGGACUUGCGCGAAGAGAGUGGGUUCCCGGCACUUGACAUGGCGGCAGCGGCGGCGACUGCAGCGUCGAAGGGGAAUGGGGGCGGCGGGGGCCGUGCUGGGGCCGGCGAAGCUAGCGGCUCGCGGAAGAAAAAGGGCCCGGGGCCUCUGGCCACGGCAUACCUGGUCAUCUACAAUGUGGUGAUGACCGCGGGGUGGCUCGUUAUAGCAGUCGGUCUGGUCAGAGCAUACCUGGCUAAGGGUAGCUAUCAUAGCCUUUAUUAUUCCAUUGAAAAGCCUUUGAAAUUCUUCCAAACUGGAGCCUUAUUGGAGAUUUUACAUUGUGCAAUAGGAAUUGUUCCAUCUUCUGUUGUCCUGACUUCUUUCCAGGUGAUGUCAAGAGUUUUUCUAAUAUGGGCAGUAACACAUAGUGUCAAAGAGGUCCAGAGUGAAGACAGUGUCCUCCUGUUUGUUAUUGCCUGGACAAUCACAGAAAUUAUCCGUUACUCCUUUUAUACAUUCAGUCUAUUAAACCAUCUGCCUUACCUCAUCAAAUGGGCCAGGUACACACUCUUCAUUGUGCUGUACCCAAUGGGAGUGUCGGGAGAAUUGCUCACAAUAUAUGCCGCUUUGCCCUUUGUCAGACAGGCUGGCCUGUAUUCCAUCAGUUUACCUAACAAAUACAAUUUCUCCUUUGAUUAUUAUGCAUUCCUAAUUCUGAUAAUGAUCUCUUACAUUCCAAUUUUUCCCCAGUUAUACUUCCACAUGAUACACCAGAGAAGAAAGAUCCUUUCUCAUACUGAAGAACACAAGAAAUUUGAAUAGUUCCGUCUUCCUGCACACCCCCAGAAACAAACUUUCCAAUGACAAAAAAUGCUGCAGACUUUUUCAGUUCCCAAUACGUUUCAUAGAGAAUAAGUAAGAACUAUUUUUAAAUACUAAAAAAAUAAAUAAAUAAACCAAAAUCCAGUGUCAUGUGGGCCUGGGAUUUUCUAAAAAACAAAAGCUGUUACAUAAAACAUCCUGGCCGGUCCAUUUCAGCAUGCUCUUUCAACCAGAAGUUCCCACUAUUUAUGAUGGCGCUGGGAAGGGAUCUGGCAUUUUAUAUCCUCCUGUUUCCUUCACAUGUCUGAUAAAUAAAAGAUCUGUAACACUAAA